UGGCACACCGUUUCAGUCACGCAAGACACUAUCUCUAAACUGUUUGAAGGCUUUUAUGUGCGAGAAGUUUCUGCCUGUGAGAUCAAAGUGCUUCAAGGGUUUGAGGUGACACAACGAAUUCGAACUUUAUCAUGGACUUACCGGAAGAAAAGGAAAGAGAGUCGCCUCCUUCUGAGCAUAUCAACAAUCCAGAGGGUCCUUCAGUGCAACAACUCUUCGGUCUGUCCAGGCUCAAUUUCAAUGGCUCGCCGCUUUUGGGGCCUUGGGUCGGUCAAUACAAUGCCAACACGCGACAACCAUCAUUAGAAGACAUCAGCUUGCGAUUGCGUAUCUCCAAAGAGCAAGAACAACGCCAACAACUCUUCCACCUCUUCAACUUCCAUCAACAACAGCUUCAGCUACAACAACGCCAGCAGCUACACCUUCAGCAACAACAGCAACAACUCCAACCUCAAAAUUUGAAAGUAAACCUCAAAUCUAGUCCCAUCAAGGCCAACAAGGCUGUCCAUGCCAAGGCUCCAAGCCAACCGAGACGGACUGUCGCGGAUCCCUACGAGCAUCAGAGACAGAAUGCAAAUUUCACUAGUCCCAAAGUUAAAACUGUCAUGGAUUUGCCCAACUCCUCGGACGUGUUAAAGAUCGGCCUUCCUGAAUCCAGUCGGAGCCAUCUCUUCAGACAUGCAUCCGAAAUCACAAGGGAAACCAAAGGUGGUUACCUACAGGGUCGCUUAUACAUUCCCGAGACAAAUCGCCCUGCGUACAUGAGACUUAGUCUGGUCCCAGCAGACGUUGCUGUGGACAUGAAUCCCUUUCACUUACAUCCCAAUCUACUUCACAUUAACAUGAGGACAAACAAGAAGAAGCGAAACAUUCAGGUGGGAGAGCUGCCGGAUGACGUGGACUGGUGUUUUAUCUUCAAAAUCGAACAUGGCGACGUGUUGCGGAUUUGCCCGCCCCAAAAUCCCAAGUGCAAGAAACCGCGCUUUCACUUGAAUCCCCACAACGAGGCGGUCUCCGACACCCCAGAGAGUCUGAAUCUGGAAGACGCCUUCCGACGCAGCGCCAAGGCGAGCCUCCAGAGGUCGAUCCUCAACACGACCUCUGGAGGCUCAGACCCUUUAAACCUCGGCCGACUCAUCUUGCCCAGAGAGCACAUCACCACAAGAGUGGCCUCUGUGAAGGACAAUUACAUUGAGAUGGGAAAUACAGGCCUCAUGCUUAACAUCAUCACUCCCCUACAAAAGUUCUCCAAGGGUGGAACCAAUCUCUCCGAAGUGAUCCGUCAACGGUAUGAGGAUCUCUAUCAACGUCCCAUUUCCACUCAAAGCCUCUCUGGCGUUGAGGACUUUUAUGUUAAAAAGAAAGAGGAUCGAAUUAAACUGCAACAGGUCCGACUUCUAAUUGAAUUGUUCUCUGUGGAUGAUUUCCAAUUCAUCACAUCUGCCUUUUCGGAAGUGAUCACCAAUUCCAAGUCCAAAGAAUGCGGACCUCUUCAACUCCAUGACGUCAACCCUGCCAUUAGCUGCUGUGAAUGUGAAACUAAGGUAUUCAUGCUGUCCUUUUUCAAGUUGGUUUCGGGUGCCCGUGCCAAUUUCAUCCUCUACGACCCCAUCAGACACACCGUGUGCUACGACGGGUAUGAUAAUCUCUUCAAACGGAUCGAGCAGCCUCCUGCCAAGGAUUGCCAGGUGUUCAACCAAUGUGUGGUCACCUGCAAGGUCCCAAAGCAGGACCAAGGCGUUAUCGAAGCCAUUAAAAAGGCCGGCCUUCAGCUCCGCUUGACGGCCUUUCGUCCUUCGGACCGGAAAAUGAGCAAUACCAGUUUCGAGUUCAAGUACCUCAAGCACGGCCAUUACGAAGAGGGUGAAGAGCCGAUCUUGGAUACCUGCAAGGGCGUCUGCAAGCAUUUCGACCAGCACAAAGAGGUCUCCAAAGAAUUGCCGAUCGCCAAACCUGGCGUCAUUCGUCGGCACCCUACCAAUCAACUCGUGCCAGAGGAGGUCCUCAACAAGAGCAACGAAUCCAGAGGUGAUGAUGAGGAGGAGGACCCCAAUGGAAGUCCAAUCAAUGACUCCUACCCCUCCAUGUGUUCCAUCCCUACAAUUCUGCAACAACACACCACCCAAGAGAUGAUUGAGAGGGGCGGGAUUUUCAAGCCGCAACUCCCCAAAAAGCGACCCUAUUUGCCGCCCAAUUUGCAUGCGGAUACACCUAGCUUGGUUCAUGUCAACGGAAUCAUGGACAUGAAGGUGAACCAGGAGGAUAUCAUGAUGGCUUCGACCUCCAAGAAGAUGAAGAUGAUGAGCGCUAGUCCUGAGUCGCCCAUCACCAUCAAGGAAGAGAACGACGCAGAUGACGAGGACUAUGACGCACCCACCAGGGCUAGUGCAGCGGAAGACCCGCCCAAAUUCUCUCCCAUGCGGUUUUCAGAGGCCACAUUGCUGGCCCUUCCCCGAGAGGAGCGCGUGGAAUCGGCCUUGCCGUCUUUGGCAAAAACUGUUUUGCUGGAGCAGCGUCGAAACGGUUGCGAGAACCGACUCGUGCCGCGAUCCCUUGCAAAAAAAUCGAUAGAUGAUAAUAAGCAGUAGGGUGCUUUUUAAAGGUGUUGUUCUUUGUUACUAUUGGUAAAGAAAUAAAAUGACUGUGAAAUCAACGCA